AAGUAGCGUUGCCUCCAACGGCUUCUGUUUGAGAAGAUAGACAACGUUGGGAGAUUUCGCAGCAGCUCGUCGGGGUUGUUUUGAGCUUCCUGGCACUGGAGAGUGGUCGAGUUGCCAAAAUCCCCCUCAGUGUCUCGUCAAAUACGACGGACAGCCGGUAAAAUGGGGGUCAUGGAUGCCAGUGGAGAAACAUGAACUGGGACACACAGCUAAAUUCCAUACUGAAUGAUACUGACUGCAAUGUUGCAAAAAUAAAGCAAAGAUUGAACACCACAGGGUAUUAUGCAAAAGUUGGAUCACAUGACAUGGUUGACAUGAAAAACAUUCGAUUCAAUGAACUGCUCUCGGUUUCUGGGGAGCACAUAUCUUGUUCAGAUGUGUUUAGUCAGAAAUUGCCUAAAGAAGAAUUAAUGAGCAUCUUGAGGCAGCUACAAUUCCAAGGAAAGACCAUUGAGUCUUUACACCAAGCUUUACUGAGAGUUGAAACAGAAAAAGAGCAUCAAAGGCAGCGGAUUCAAUCGUUAGAAGAGGAAAUUCGGCGAUUAAAAGAUCAAUCUGAAGAGAAAAGUUUAGAUUUCCAGUUGGAGAGAAAGAUGGAGGAUUGGCGCAAAGAGGUGACAAAUGAAAUGUACAGUUUGCGAGAGCAAAUACGUCAUAUGGAUAGCAGACUUGGUUAUAGAAAACUAACAUUUUCCAGCCUGAUGCAAGAAGUCCAUGAAAGAAGAAAAGAUCUCUGCGAAGAACAUGAAUCACUUAGAAAGGAGGUUGAUGACAUGAAACACAAGAUAUGGAGGCAAGAGGAUGAAUUGGCGAAACAGAUUUCUGAUACAAAGGAACUUAAGCAGUCACAAGAUAAAAAUAGUAAGAUCGUGAGAGAACUAAUGAAUAAGUAUCAAUUGUUAGCUCAUGAGCGGGAAUGUUCAGGACAGGAGCUUACACUUAUCAGAUCCACUGUUGGUGGUUUGAAGGAACAGCUGAAAAAUAUUCAUCUAGCUGACAACUGGACCAGUACACCUUUAAGACCAGAUGCACGAAGACGGCACCAAAUGAGAAAGAAACCAAAGACUGCGCCACUUAAAGAUUCUGACUCCUACCUGAGUAGCACUCUCAGCUUGGCAGACAUUAGCUCAGAUGAUGACUUUUCCCUGCUACAAAAUCUUGUUUUAAGUACACCAGUCAGAAAAGAUGGCAAAUGCAGCUCCCCUUUGGGCAUAAGGGAAGAUGAAAGAGAACCAAAAAUGUCUUCAGAUGAAGAUGUCAGUGUGAACUUGGAAGGAUUAUCUGACAGCCCACCUGAAUUGAAUCUCAGUGAUCUAUCCUGAUGUUUGGAGUCUCCAGGAACUGGAAACCUGCAAGGGGACAUGACUGCAAAAAUUGCUCAGAAGGAUUUUUAUGCUCUCAAAAUUUCUUCCCCUUAAUCAAAUUAAUUCAGUUCAAAGACUGGAGCUCAAACACCAUAAAAUCUGCAGAUGCUGGAAAUUGUGUGUGUUCCUAAGGCUGGAGUUAUUAUUCUUAAUGCUGUGACACUUGAGGCAGACAAAUCAAUGUUUUGAGUUUAUAUUUAUGCUACCGAAAGUUUAAUAUUAGGAUUUCAAGUCCUAGUCCAUUUCUGAUCACUUUAAAAGUUUGAUGGUCAAUGGUUAGAAUUAAAAUCAACACUUAGAUUUAAGAAAUUGGUAGACGACAGUGGUAUUGCACUAACAGUGAUGCCCCAUCCAAUUCACUCUCAAAUGUGUGUGCUGCUUAUAAGAGGCUAUAAAAUAGGCUCAUGGCAUUGGAGUUUGGACUUCAAUUGUGGUGUUUUCUGCAUGUCCUCCCCAUGGAAUGUGUGCACUUUCUCUAGCAGUGCUGGUUUCCUCCCUCAGCUCAGAGCUGGAAGGGCCUAUUCUGUGCGGCAUCUCUAGAUAAAGCAAUAAAAUUCUCAGGCUACAUUUACCUUCUGUGAAACAAAAACUAAAAUAUCAGAUUUAUUAUAGAAUCUGUCAGUUAAUUUAAAAGGGGGCUGACUUUGGCACCUAUUUACACAAAUGUGAAAUAAUUGAUUUAUCCAAAAGUUGCUUUAGUAUUAAUUCCACUUUUCUGCCACCAAACGCAUACUGUGGUGGAACAAAAUGGGAAAUUAAUCAUAGUUAUUGAAAUAAUCUCUAGUUGCAUUUCUCAAUUGUUCAUGCUUGCAUAUGGACUACUGGUAAACCAGAGACGUGAUUCUGAAUUAAUAGUUGUAAACAAGGUUAAUAGGGGAAAGCAGUUACUAAAAAUGGGUAACACCAAGAGAAAUUGUUUAAAAGGAGAUGAAAUUGCACUAUGUUUGUUUAAAGUGUAAUUACUUGGAAAUAAUUUUUAAAUCUUUGUUUUAAAAUCCUGCUUACCCAACAAUAGAAACAAAAUCAGAAACAUUAAACAUUAGUUCAACUAUGACUUUAGACCGAGGAGAAAAGAACAGUCUUUGUAAACUAAAUACAUUGUUAAACUAAAUAUAUAUGUUUCAUGGUUAAAAGGGUUUCACCCAGUGAUUCCAUUGUGUAUAAACCUUGUGCAUGCUUUGGCUUCAUACCAUCACUUUGAUUAAAAAUAAUUUGCAAAUACAAUGGCAUUUAUCCAUUUUGGUAUAAAAACCAAUCCACCUACCCUAGAUGUCUGCUGCCAAUUUAUCAAACUAUAGGAAUAGUCAGAUGUCAAAAUAUUUCAAAGUGACAUGGAGAAAUUCAGAUGUCUACCAAAAGAUAGCAAGUCCAUGGAGGUGCAGACCUCCUUUAUUGGGAAAUAGGAGAGAUGGGUUUCUUUCUUUCUAUCUAAAGACUGCAGUCCUUAAAAAGAUUUGUACCCUGUCAGAUUUAUUAUCAGACAUAAGUCACAAAUUUUGUUGUUUUGUGGCAGUACAGUGCAUGAUUCGUAUAUCCGUAACAUCAAACAACCUGUCCUGUAGGCUGUAACCGGCAGUUCUGCCAGCAACACCACCAGCAUCACAACCAAUUUAAUAAUUUGAAAGAUCAAUAGUCAUUUGCAGGUUAGAAGGUAACCACAUUCAAGCUCUAUUGUUCACUAACCGAGCUGUUCUGAUAUCCUGCACAUCUUAUUUAUACCCAUAGUCUUCCCAAACUAUCACUCUAGAACAGCAACACCAUCUUAAUGAAAGAGGCAACAUGAAAUAUUAACUUGUUGACUCCAAAUUUCCGUGUUCAGAUUCAACUCUACCUCUUGUUCCCUCUGACGUGAAGUCAUUGAAAGAAAAAUGAAAUGACAUCCUGCAGGAAAAAUGGAAAGUAAACUUAAAUAUUCACAGGUAAGCUCAUUGAGAGUGUCAAUGCAGAAUAAUGUUAGAGAAUAUAAAGCAUUUGAUAAAGCAUUAUUGCUCAAAACACUCCUGUCCAGUUGGUACAAAAAUUAAGUUCCCAACUCCACAAUGGUGCAUCCUGCUCCCUUUGAGUUGUUCAGUGAAGCAAAAGGUGCUUAGUUUUACACUGGACAAAGGGCAACUGCUAGACCAGGUUAAUUUUGUACCUUUCAAUAUUAGGGAUUACGUCUGGGUAUGGAAGUUGUUAAUCAAGGAAUGGUUUUCCGUAAAAAUUACUUAUAGGUGGCUAGAUAGAUUGGAAAAAAAAUGUUAAAUAAUUGUUUGCUUUAGGCUUUAAGUAUAUCAAAAACAAAACAUUGUCUAAAAAGGGUGUUGUACCAUAGUAUGUCUAUCUAUGAAUUUUAGAAAGAGUAUCAUGUGAUUAUAUUAUAAAAGUGUGCUUUAUACAGUGUACAUUUAAAAUAUUAAUUUACAAAUUUGAUUUUAAAAAAUCAUGACCAAAAUAAAUAAUUUGCAUCUCUUAAUCUUC